GACAGAAACGUUCGUAGUUUCCAACGCCGCGGCCUCGCGAUUUCCUCCCUUUCCCGGCGCGGCGAUGGCUCCUCCCCUCCGCCUCCCACUCCACUCCAACCAGCCAGCGCACCGCGCCGCCUCGACACCCUCGAGCUCCUCGCCGAGCCCCGGAGACUCCCAUGAAUUAUUCGGCGGCGGUGGCGGCGGCGGCGGGGUGGCUGCUGUCGCCGUUUCUCAACAGCCUGAGCGACCGGAUCCGCUCCUGCGCCGACGACCUCUUCCGCUACCUCCCCUCGGGGUCCGCCUCCGCCGACCUCGAGCGCCUGCAGGACUACAUCGUCCGCCUCAGCGCCUAUGCCUCCGCCGUGGAGCGCGCCCGGUGCCGCCCGCUCCACACCACCCUCCUCGCCUGGCUCAAUCGCCUCAAGGACGCCGCGGACGACGCCGACAACAUCCUCGACGAAAUCCACUACAGGAGCCUUGCGGAUGCACUCACCGCACCCAGCCCCGAUCUCUGCAGCAUCCUCGUCACCCCCGGCUCGGUCUGCGGCCACCUGGUAUCAGUAUGCUCCGACCACCCCUUCAAACGGUUGCCCUCCGUCCUCGACAAGCUCGCCACCGCCUGCGCGGACUACGCCGGGAUCGCCUCCCUCGUCGGGCUCGACGGGGCCGGCUCUCCGCAGCGUGGGAACCGGCUCGCCAGGAACUCUAGCUCCAUCAUGCCGGCUGACGACGCAUUCUUUGGCCGCCAACGAGAGCUCAACCUUCUGGUUGAAACGUUAGUUCGUUGCAAUGGUUCUGCUCAAUUCGGGAACCAGAGUGUACCGGUUGUUGGCAUUGUUGGAGAUGGUGGGAUUGGCAAGACAAAACUUGCUCAGAUGGCGUUUCAUCAUCCAAUAAUUCUGGAGCACUUCGAUCUGCGGAUGUGGGUGUGUGCCUCGAGUCAUGUGGAUGAUUUGAGUCUUACUAGGGGGAUCCUGCAGGUCGCUGCAGAUUGGAAGGUGGACUAUGAUGGGAUAGUGAAUUUUGACAGGUUGCAAAAUUUACUGGAUUCUGCUGUUGCAGGGAGGAGGUUCUUGCUUGUCCUAGAUGAUGUUUGGGAUGACAAGGAGAUGACCAUGCCGGCCAACAGGGAGAGGUGGAGGAAUCUCCUAGCUCCUCUGCAGCGUGGGAAGCAAGGGAGCAGGAUCGUCGUGACUACACGAAUGAAGGUGGUUGCUGACAUGCUAGGUGUGAGGAUCCCAAUGAUGUUGGGUGGGUUGGGACUGGAAGAGAAUUGGUGUCUGCUCAUGAAGUGUGCGCUGGGUAGUGAGGAUAGUCGUAAAUACCCAAGUUUGCAGAAGAUUGGGAAGAAAAUAGCGUUAAAUCUUAAGGGAUCCCCUCUUGCUGCCAGACAUAUCGGUGGGAUGCUCAGUAAUACUCGAAGUGAAAGAGAGUGGAACAAUAUCUCAGGGACAGAUAUUCAUGAUGACAUUUUCUCGACACUUUUAUCGAGCUAUUAUCAUCUCCCUCAGCAUUUGCAGUAUUGCUUUUCGUAUUGCAGCAUAUUUCCAAAGAACUGGAAGUUUGACCACAAGAAAUUGGUCAGAAUGUGGAUAGCACAGGGUUUCGUUCAGACUGAAAGUGGGAGCUUGGAGGAUUUAGGUAUGAAAUAUUUCAAACGGAGCUUAGAGGAUUUAGGCAUGAAAUAUUUCGAACAACUGUUGGCAAGAUCAUUCUUUCAUACUCUUAGGCAGGGAAACAGAAUGCACUAUGUUAUGCAUGACCUGAUUCAUGAUUUGGCACAAAUGGUUUCCCACUCUGGUUGUGCAAGGGUUGAAGGCAACAUGUCCAAAAGCAUACCUUCAACUGUUAGACACAUAUCUGUUUCAAGCAACUUCCUCCCACACCUCAAGAAGCAAUGUGACUUGAGAAGAUUACGGACAUUAAUUGUAUACAAAGAUUCGUUGAUGACCUCAAGUACUAUCCCAGUUGAUUUUCUCUCAGAGGUAAAGAAUGUACGCACUUUAGAUCUCACUGGAUGUCUUAUAUCUGAGUUACCUGAAGCAAUUGGUCAUCUAAUUCAUCUGCGUUACAUUGCACUUCCUGGUACUAUCAAGGUGCUACCUGAAUCUGUGAGCGUGUUACUGCAUCUCCAGACUCUUGAUAUUCCAAAGAAGUGUCAACUAGAUGCAUUGCCUGAGGGUAUGCACCAGCUGGUCAGCUUGCGGCAUCUUGGCGUAGAUUUGAAGUACAUUUCAAUGAUAAGAGGUAUUGGUAGCCUCGUUAAACUUCAAGGGUCUAUCGAAUUCCAUGUUAAAACAGAAAGCGGGCAUACCUUAGAGGAGUUGAAGAAUAUGAAAGACCUCCAUGGUCUACUUCACAUCAAGAAUCUGGAAAAUGUUCAAUGCGAGGACGAAGCUUGCGAUGCACAACUGUCCAAUAAGGAACAUCUUAAAAUUCUGAAACUUGAAUGGACCUCCGCAGGUUCAGCUUUUGGUCCCCCCAUGGAUGCUGAAGUAUUACAAUGCUUACAACCUCAUAAAAACCUUGAAGAGCUUCAUAUCAAAAGGUACAAGGGGAAAUCAUCACCAAGCUGGCUGGAGCUAAAAAGUUUUGAGGUGGGAUUUCUAUCGGAUCUAAAAUCCUUGUAUCUGACAAACUGCAGAAGGUGGAAGCUGCUUCCUCCACUUGGACAGCUUCCGUCUCUGAAGGUGUUGCACCUAAAGGAGAUGUCCUCUGUUACUCAAAUUGGAAUUGAAUUCUAUGGUGGUGGCACUAUGACAUUUCCAUCACUGAAGGAUCUUGAAUUUGAUGACAUGUCAAACUUAAUUAGUUGGACGGGAGGAAAUAGCAACUUAAAUUUUCCUCGCCUGCGUAAAUUGAAGAUCUUAAACUGUCCAAAAUUGGUCAAAGUGCCCUUGCUUCCUCCUACAACAAAAAGUGUGACGAUAGAAGGAAUUCAAAAGAUUUCUAAUCUCAAAUUGACCCCUUACUGUUCAUCUAAAUCAGGUAAAUUUGUUUUGGAAAUUUCGUCUGCGAGCAUGUUGGGAGAAGGGUUCUUGCAUCAGAAACACCUUGAGGCUAUUGAGGUUCUAAACAUUAGAGGUUGUUGGGGUUUGAUACUUGCUGAAGGAUUGUGGUUACCUUCACUAAGAAAACUGCGACUAUCACAGUUCAACAUGGAUGAUGAACAGCUGAGUUUGUGUUUGGAGCACUUAACUGCUCUCACCUCAUUAGACAUAAUUGACUGCCAGAAUAUCACAUCUUUUCUCUUGCCAGAAGGUUCAAGGCAUUUUGAAACACUCCGGCAUUUGUGCUUUCAGGAUUGCCAGAUGCUUUCCUCCUUGGCUAACCUGGAAAGCUUUGUUUUCCUAAAAAGUUUGAUCAUUGAGAGGUGCGCAAGAGUUAUGACAGAGUCCUUGCCAACUGAGCUCACAGGAAUGACAUCUCUUAACAAACUGAGCAUUUCGCACUGCCCAGGGUUUCAAUCACUACCGAGAAACAUGCCAUUGUCCCUGGAAUUUCUUCAUUUGAUUGGGUGCCAUCCAUUGUUGACCCAGUGGCUUCAUGAGAGGAACGGUCCAGAGUGGGAAAGAUUGCCAUUAUCUCAGAUCACAGUAUACUAAAGUGAUACCAUCUGUUCUUGCACGGUACCUGUCUUGCUGAAUGAAGUAAGACAGUGGAAUGGAGAUUUGGAUUUUGGACAUGAAGCUGGUGCUUAAGGUCCUGUAUACAUUUGCAAUAGGAUGUCGGCAAACAUAAUUGCAGUGCCUUAAAUUCGAAUCGAUGACUUCUCUUCAAAGCUUUGUAAGGAAACAAUCAUGAGGAUACUUGGUGUUGCAAUUGCAUCUCAGGUUUUAGAUCAUGGCCAGCUCCAGUUCCCUGGAUAUUUUCACCACCUGUUCGCUUCAAAGCAUCAUCUGCAAGCUCUACGAGGAUGUGGUAUCCACUGCACUACUGCAGCAUUCAAGUGUGGGAACCAGGGAAACCGAAAUAUUAAAUAUCUAUGUCUUCAUCUGUUCAUAUGUUACUUCGCUUCAGCGUUACAGUUAAUCCAGAACAUGAUGGAGUUUAGGGCUCCAGGCAGCUGAAGUAAAUCCAAUUGAUGUGUUUGGAGAAUGAGAUCACCGUCCUCGAGGGAGAUGAGGACUAAUUACUGUAUAUCUUGGCAAAUCAACAAUUUUGUGCAGUUUAUGCCAGCCUGAAUAAACCUGAACCCCAUGUAUGUAAAUGUUUAAAACUAAAUAUUCUCAUUUAUAUCAAUCACUGCCACCACCGAAAGGUGUGCAAUUCAGUCAAUAGAGGAUGAAUACAUUAGCUAUUAGUUUA